CAAUGAACUCAAAACCCACAUAUAUCCAUAAUUUGACAAAACCCAAAUUUUUUCAAAACCUUCCUUUUUCAAAUCAAUGAAACAAACUAUCGGUAAAUUCAACAAUGAACCUGCCAAAAGCGGAAGUCGUCCCCCCAUACAUUGCCACAGAUGCAACAACUUUGACUUUAGGGUUUGAAGCCGCACCCGCGCCAUUUCCAAUUCCUCUCUCUCUCUCUCUGUCUGAAGUCUUAUCUACUCUCUCUCUCUACCUAUGCAUGAACGGGAUCCGAUUCUGGGCCGUCGCAGCUGAAUCGAGUCUCAGUCUUAUCCGUCGUCUGCAAUGGCGUCGAAGCCGUCCCCGUCGCCUUCCGCCAGCAGAUCCGGGUCUCUCCAGGACACUCCGAUGGCAAAGCCAGACGAGUCAGCUCCUGAGAGCGAGGAGAUUGCAUCAGUUAUUGAAUCUCUGAAAAGACACGUUGUAGAUGAACGGUGUGUUUCUAUAAAGGAAAGGAUGGAAAAGAACAGACACAAAUUGGCUAGUGUCACGAGCCAUCUGCAGAAGCUGUCGAUGGAAAGACGAAACAGCUGGAUUAACCUUGCCGAUUCUAGCCACGAUCUACUGAAAAAGAGGCAAGAUGAUGCGAUUGGUAUGCAUAGCGGCAUUGGUACUAGUAGUGGUGAUAAAGACAGCGACAGUCAUCAAGAAGACUCUCAUGCUUCUACGGCUGUUCUUCUGGGAACCAGUAUUCCUCCGGGGAAGAAUUCCGUUCGGCCAAUUAGGCUGCCUGAAGUUAGGAAAUUACCUCCUUACACCACCUGGAUUUUUUUGGACAGAAAUCAGAGGAUGACAGAAGAUCAAUCAGUGGUGGGUCGGCGAAGGAUUUAUUAUGCUCAGAAUGGCGGGGAGGCACUUAUUUGUAGUGAUAGUGAGGAAGAAAAUGUUGACGAAGAAGAGGAAAAGAAAUAUUUUUUGGAAUCAGAAGAUUAUAUUAUACGCAUGACAAUCAAAGAAGCUGGAUUCUCAGAUGCCGUUAUAAAUUCCUUGGCGGAAUGUUUCUCUAAAAAUACAGAUGAAAUCAAGGCAAGAUAUGAAAGUCUAACCAAGGAUGAAAAGACUUCAGUGGAUUCCCUUCAUGUGGACAGUGAAGCUUCGUCGUUGAAUUCUUUUCUUGAUAAGGAUCUUGAAGCUGCUUUGGAUUCGUUUGACAACUUAUUUUGUCGUCGCUGUCUUGUCUUUGAUUGCAGAUUGCAUGGAUGCUCACAAGAUCUUGUCUUUCCAGCUGAGAAACGACCACCACUGAACCAUCCAGACGUUGAAAAUCUACCAUGUGGUGAACACUGCUACCGAUCGGUGUCAAAGUCCGAAAAAAUGCCUACUGAGGAUUCCCCUGAGCUUGGUGAUACGAAAGACAACUCUGUCCAGCCAUCAUCUGGUAGUGCUGGGACUCGCACGACUGCAAGGAAAAAACAUACUCCAUGUGCUCGGAAGAAGGCCAGGCCCUCCCAAAGUGAAAGUGCCUCGUCAAAUAUAAAAAACAUGUCAGACAGUAGUGACUCAGAGAUUGGACCCCAGCACACUACUUCCACAAGCCAUUUGUCACCCUCCAAGACAAAACUUUGUGGAAAGGGUGGGGUUUCUCAAAGGAAUAGCAAACGAGUGGCUGAACGUGUUUUGAGUUGCAUUAAAAAAAGGCAGAAGUUGAUAGGAUCUGAGUCAGAUUCUGUUGCUAGUGGAGGUCUUUUGGGAGGUGAUGCAAAACUUAGCAGUAGUCCACACAGAGAAAAUGAAGAUGCCAAUUCUUCUUCCCAGAAAAAUUCAAAAUCAAGGUCUAGGAAAACAGAGCUCUCUGUUCAGAAUGUGCAAGGUGUAGCUCGUGAUGGUAUAUCAAGUGCGAUGGUUGCCGAUCCACCUGGAAGUAGCAGUGAUGUUACGUUGAGAAAAGAUGAUUAUGCUGAUGGAAACAGUCGUAAAAUGGAAUUGAAUGAUAACCUGUCUUGGAAAGCUUUUGAGAAAAGUCUUUUUGAGAAAGGCGUGGAGAUCUUUGGCAAAAAUAGCUGUCUAAUUGCUAGGAACCUGUUAAAUGGUUUGAAGACAUGUGUGGAAGUUUUUCAAUUCAUGAGACAAGCAGAUAAACGGCUAGCCUACCAAGCAGGUGAUGCUGCAAAUUGUCUUGGUGACGGCUAUUCCAAGUUUGAUCAAGGCAAUAAUGAAGUUAGGAGAAGAUCAAGGUUUUUGCGCAGAAGGGGUAGAGUUCGUCGCUUGAAGUAUUCUUGGAAGUCUACAGCCUACCAUUCUAUUAGGAAACGGAUAAGUGAGAGAAAAGAUCAACCAUGCCGCCAAUACAAUCCUUGUAACUGCCAAACAGCUUGUGGAAAGGAGUGCCCAUGCCAUUUGAACGGCACAUGCUGUGAGAAGUAUUGUGGAUGUCCUAAAACUUGCAAAAAUCGCUUCCGGGGCUGUCAUUGUGCCAAGAGUCAAUGUCGAAGCCGUCAAUGCCCUUGCUUUGCUGCAGACAGGGAAUGUGAUCCAGAUGUUUGUCGGAAUUGUUGGGUUAGUUGUGGCGAUGGCUCACUUGGUGUGCCUAAUCAAAGGGGCGACAAUUAUGAAUGCAGGAACAUGAAGCUUCUUCUCAAACAACAGCAAAGGGUUUUACUUGGAAAAUCUGAUGUAUCCGGAUGGGGAGCUUUUUUGAAGAAAAGCGUGGGUAAACAUGAGUACCUAGGUGAAUACACGGGAGAGCUGAUAUCACAUAGGGAAGCAGACAAGCGUGGCAAGAUUUACGACCGCGAAAACUCAUCAUUCCUCUUCAAUUUGAAUGAUCAGUUUGUCCUUGAUGCUUACCGGAAGGGUGACAAGUUGAAGUUUGCCAACCAUUCUCCUGAUCCAAACUGCUAUGCAAAGGUGAUUAUGGUUGCAGGAGAUCACCGAGUUGGCAUAUUUGCCAAAGAAAGAAUCAACUCCGGGGAGGAGCUUUUCUAUGAUUACCGUUAUGAACCAGACCGAGCUCCUGCUUGGGCAAGGAAGCCCGAAGCAUCAGGAUCGAAAAAGGAAGAGGCCUCGCACCCAGGUGGCCGUGCCAAAAAGCUGGCCUGAAAGAAUCUCAGACUCACAAUUUCGUUCAUUCUUUUUACAGCUCUGAAGGCGUAGGGUUCUAACCAUUUGUGGGAUUCAGGCCAUUGCUGUCUCUCUCUCUUGCCAGCUUAACUGACUGCUGCAUCAUUUUGUGUAUUUCGUGUUCUCCUGCGUCGGCAUUUACGCCCAGGUCGAGCCAUUGCAUCCAAUACAGCAGAAAAAAGCGUAGAGAAAUGAAGAAUGAGGUUAGUUAAUUGAUGCCACCACCGAUCUAACUUGCACAGAUUUUCUCAUGUAAAAGGAAAGCAUUUUGGUGCGGGAGGAGGGCCUGUCUACUUUUCUAUCUAACAUUCUUUUCAGUGCUUUUUCUCUUCUCUCUUUCGUUUCAGACGCUUUACGAAAUGCAAUCUUUUGCAGCUUUUAGUAUCUUCGCCUUCUUUUGCAUCCCAUAAUUGUCUGCCCGUUCUUUCGGAGCUGCAAAUUUUGUUAGAAGGCAUAAUGGUGUGUGUCUGCAUGUUGAACUAUCCAAUAUUACCAAUCCCAUUGUGAAUCUGAAUCUUUCUUCGUAGUUGGAAU